AGGGAAGCCCCAGCUGCCAAAGGUGAGGAGGCAGGGAGUCGGUGAGAAGGACUCUUCUUUGGAAGACAAGACCAGGGAGUGAAGCUGGAAUAGUCCCCCCCAAAGCAAGAGAAGCUUCUCCACAAACAGGGGCAGCCAAGCAAGACCGAGCCCCCCGCAGCCCAAAGCAUCUUUCCAAGCAGGGCUCGUGGGGCCUGACAGCUCAGGGGCCCAGUCAUCGGCUCAGGCCCGCCAACGUCUGAACUCCCCGGCGGGGGGCGGCCCCUCCCUCCCCUGGAGGCCAGCCUGAGUGGCAGGAAUCCCGAUUCUUUGGAGAGCGGCUUCCUCUCAGCUCUGUCACGCAAGAACGCUCUCUGCACCAACCCAUUCUGCCAAGUGACUUAAAGGGAUUUAAAAAAGAAAAAAAAUGUGGUAAAGAAAAAGGGGGUAAAAGCCACGCAGCCGCCUUUCAGAGGAGGUGGCCGCCUGCAGACAAAGGGCAAAAGUUGAAAGAGGGCCGUGGAAGUGACAGGCAGCCAGGCUGCUCCCCGGAUGGGCGCGGGUCGGUAGGGCAUGCCCCGGGAGCAGGGGGUCAGAACGCCCGCAGGCCCCACCCGGGAGCCCCCCAGGCCGCGGGGCUGCCCCUGUGCACUCCGAGCGCAGGACCCUUGCUGCGGGAGGAGCCAGCGGCGCCCCAGGUCGAGGACCACAAGGAUGCUGCCUGGGACCCGCAGCCUUGCCUGAAUUGGGCAGGGGAGCCCGGAAGUCAGAGGCACAGGGUCCUCACGUGCAGCAGCAGCGCUGCCCACCACCCAGGUCUGCAGGCUAUAACCGGAGUGGGCUUGGCCUGUCGGGGCCCUGGGGCAGGAAUGUGAGAGCAGCCCGCUGCCCAGCCCGCAGCAACGUUGGCAGGAGCCCCUGGAGCAAGACCCCAGUCGCACCGCAGGCUCCACUGACAGCCGUGAAGGAGGUGUUGAGGCUCCAGGUGAGGUGGGGCCCGGCUCCCCCAGCCGUCCACCAUGGUGGUGGCACACCCUGCUGCCACCGCCACCACCACACCUGCCACCACCGUCACGGCCACGGUUGUGAUGACUACGGCCACCAUGGACCUGCGGGACUGGCUGUUCCUCUGCUACGGGCUGAUCGCCUUCCUGACGGAGGUCAUCGACAGCACCACCUGUCCCUCCGUGUGCCGCUGUGACAAUGGCUUCAUCUACUGCAACGACCGGGGGCUCACCUCCAUCCCCGCAGACAUCCCCGACGACGCCACCACCCUGUACCUGCAGAACAACCAGAUCAACAACGCGGGCAUCCCCCAGGACCUCAAGACCAAGGCCAACGUGCAGGUCAUCUACCUGUACGAGAACGACCUGGACGAGUUCCCCAUCAACCUGCCCCGGUCCCUGCGCGAGCUGCACCUGCAGGACAACAACGUGCGCACCAUCGCCCGCGACUCCCUGGCCCGCAUCCCGCUGCUGGAGAAGCUACACCUGGACGACAACUCCGUGUCCACCGUCAGCAUCGAGGAGGACGCGUUUGCCGACAGCAAACAGCUCAAGCUGCUCUUCCUGAGCCGGAACCACCUGAGCAGCAUCCCCUCGGGGCUGCCCCACACGCUGGAGGAGCUGCGGCUGGACGACAACCGCAUCUCCACCAUCCCGCUGCACGCCUUCAAGGGCCUCAACAGCCUGCGGCGCCUGGUGCUGGACGGCAACCUGCUGGCCAACCAGCGCAUCGCCGACGACACCUUCAGCCGCCUGCAGAACCUCACGGAGCUCUCGCUGGUGCGCAACUCCCUGGCCGCCCCGCCCCUCAACCUGCCCAGCGCCCACCUGCAGAAGCUCUACCUGCAGGACAACGCCAUCAGCCACAUCCCCUACAACACGCUGGCCAAGAUGCGCGAGCUGGAGCGGCUGGACCUGUCCAACAACAACCUCACCACGCUGCCCCGCGGCCUGUUCGACGACCUGGGGAACCUGGCGCAGCUGCUGCUCCGGAACAACCCCUGGUUCUGCGGCUGCAACCUCAUGUGGCUGCGGGACUGGGUGAAGGCACGGGCCGCCGUGGUCAACGUGCGGGGCCUCAUGUGCCAGGGCCCCGAGAAGGUCCGCGGCAUGGCCAUCAAGGACAUCACCAGCGAGAUGGACGAGUGCUUUGAGACAGGGUCACAGAGUGGGGCGGCCAACGCGGCGGCCAAGACCACGGCCAGCAACCACGCCUCCGCCACCACGCCCCAGGGCUCGCUCUUCACCCUCAAGGCCAAGAGGCCUGGGCUGCGCCUCCCUGAUUCCAACAUCGACUACCCCAUGGCCACGGGUGACGGUGCCAAGACCCUGGUCAUCCAGGUGAAGCCCCUGACGGCUGACUCCAUCCGCAUCACGUGGAAGGCCACGCUCCCUGCCUCCUCCUUCCGGCUCAGCUGGCUGCGCUUGGGCCACAGCCCGGCCGUAGGCUCCAUCACAGAGACCCUGGUGCAGGGGGACAAGACCGAGUACCUGCUGACAGCCCUGGAGCCUAAGUCCACCUACAUCAUCUGCAUGGUCACCAUGGAGACCGGCAAUACCUACGCGGCCGACGAGACGCCGGUGUGUGCCAAGGCAGAGACCGCCGACAGCUACGGCCCCACCACCACGCUCAACCAGGAGCAGAACGCCGGCCCCGUGGCAGGCCUGCCCCUGGCCGGCAUCAUCGGUGGGGCCGUGGCUCUCGUCUUCCUCUUCCUGGUCCUGGGGGCCAUCUGCUGGUACGUGCACCGGGCUGGUGAGCUGCUGACCCGGGACAGGGCCUACCACCGAGGCAGCCGCAAGAAGGACGACUAUAUGGAGUCGGGGACCAAGAAGGACAACUCCAUUCUGGAAAUCCGUGGCCCGGGGCUGCAAAUGCUGCCCAUCAACCCUUACCGCGCCAAAGAGGAGUACGUGGUCCACACCAUCUUCCCCUCCAACGGCAGCAGCCUCUGCAAGGGCACGCACACCAUCGGCUACGGCACCACGCGGGGCUACCGGGAAGGCGGCAUCCCCGACAUAGACUACUCCUACACCUGAGGCCGGCUCCCCCAGCCCCAGCCCAGCCCCGUCCCCAAGGCCGACCCGGGGUGGUGAUAGGCUCCGCCCAGCCCGCUGCAACCCAGGAGAGCAAGGAAGAGAAGGUCCAUGACGACCGUCCAGCAGAAGGCCAAGUUUGGGGAGGGUCAUCGAUUUUGUAGAACACGACAGUGAAAAAAAAAAUUUUUUUUUUUCUCUAAACGAAUAGAAGGCAGGAGGGGAUUCCGCGUUGCUGGAGAGUGACUUACACCGCGUCGCGCCAGUUGGGGAAGGGAAGGCUAAAGAGAUAACUGCAGAAAGGGUUGGGCUGGGGAUUUUUUUUCCUGAAGUGGGAAGAUACUACCUGUGCAACGUCUGUGGACACCUCGCGCUCUGUUCAGGGCCGUCACAAAAGAACCGUCAGGGAGAAGCAGCUGAUCCGAAGCCCGCAUGCAGCGAUGUGAUGGAAGGAUUUCGGGACCCCCACAAAGCAGAAGGGGGAAGAAGAGAUCUUUCGCUACGGAGAUAUUGUCCUGAAACCUCUUCCCCGGUUCUUCCCAUGCCAUUUCCCUUACAGAUUUGCAGAAAUACGGCAUCUUCCACUGCGUUCUUGGAACAAUUAAUGUAGUCGAUUAAAAAAAAAAAAUCCAGCUUUUUUUUUUCCCCUGCUGAAUGUUCUUCAGCUCCGUGCAGCGUACUCCGUAGACGCCCUGACGGGAGCUGUAGCUUUCCCUGCCACCUGGAGGUGCGUCUGUCUGCCCGUCUAUCUGUGUCACGUCUCUCAGUCCAGAUGGGUAGACAGAGCUGCAUAGACUGUCCUUAAAGUCCUUCUUGGGUCAGUUCUUACCAUUUCCUGAGACAAUAGAAUUCCAAAAAUGUUGCUUUCUCCUAGAAAUCAUUGAGUAAGUAAAACCACGUGUUGGGGAUGGGAGUAGGUGGAGGGAGGCGCCUCAGCCUGGGUGGCGGGUAUUGCUGUUUCCAGAGGCGGAGGCAUGUGUCUCAGCGGGGUGGGUGAGGGAGGAGCUGGGCACAGGGGCCUGCAUUUCCAUUCCAUCUCAGUGUGGCCAGAGCUGGGCCACGCUCCUUCCUGAUACAGAGAAAAGCCUUCUUGGUCUGCCAGGACCCUCAUCUCCCCUCUUUCUCCCGAAAUAGAUGUAGUCACCUCAAUAGCGUUUCCUGCGUGCUUCCUCCUGGGGCAGGUCAUUAGUGCAGGGACUGAUAGCUAAUAUAAAAUCAGCUGAUUGGAUCUAUUGGUUUCCACGGUUGCACAAACAAAGCCCAGAAAGAGAACAUUUUCAGAAAAUCACUGGGAGACACCAGCCUCCACACCUGGGGCUCUGUUCUCGGGAAUGAGAGACCAGAUCUCUUUUUAAAAAUGCCAGCCUCCAAAAAGGCUCUGACGGGGCCCUCAGAAGAGCUGGGAUUUCAUUUCCUCCCGCUGGAAGGGAUGCUGCCAUCAUUUAUCGGCUGACAGUGUUCCGAGGUCAACACGACGAUGAAGCGCGGGCAGCGGCCCUGGAGAGGAGGGAAGCGCAGCCCGGGCUCUGAGGCCUGCUGCUUCCCGUGCUCGGAAGCGUGGGUCACUGUUGGUCAAAGCGCCACUUGCCCUGCACCAGGAAAAAGGGACAUCAGAGAAGAGAUGCUGGCUUGCGGGCAGGAGGAUGAGAGGCUUCUGGCUCCUGGCAGUGGCACCUUCAAAGGCCUCUGCCACUCUGACCAAAGCAAAGGCAGGAAGAAGAGUCCAGCCGCAUUCACAGGACUGCCCACGACGUGCCGGGUGCUGUCCGCUCGCUGGACGUCAAAAGAGCUGAGCAGCUCUUCAGCGAAGAGGUGGGGCUGAAAGAAGGGGACCCAGCCGCUGCUCCAGGGGAGGAGAAUGGGGCCCAGGCUCCCAACGCUGUCCAAGCCGUCACCCACCAACCAGGGACCGGAUCCUCCAGCCCCAGGGAGUGCCCAGGGCAUGGCAGGGUUCGUUUAAGGGAGACCAUUUUUGUUCCUUUUUCCUGCCUGAAUCCUUUCCCACACAAGGAGGUAGGAGAGUAGCUUCCCGAGCCUUAAUUUCAGGUCUGUGUGCACAUCAGUCCCCCCGCCCCCGCUGCAGCCAGCUGCCCCAGACGCAGGCCUGGCAGUGGCACCUGCCAGGAGGAACCAGAGGGGGCCCCCGCAACACAAAUGGGAGCUCAGAGGAGGGCCAGGUACAUGGCACUAGCCAGGGAGAUGAAGUCACAGGGCUCUGUAUUUCUGAAGCAAUGCAUCCUCCAGGGUCCCAGGAAAGGGUCUCGGGCCCUUCUGGCCUCCCCACGGCAGGUCCCCAAGUCACCCCUCCUGCAUCUGUGAGAUGGCAGUGUCAGCAUGCUCUGUCCCUAGCUCACGUGGUCUCCCACCUCUUUUCCCUGCCCCAGGGAAGGCCAGGUAAUCCCCCUUGAUGGCCAGGAAGCCAUUGAGGGGUGGCAGGUGGCCCCGCCUCUGAGAGCUACUGAGAAGGCCCUGCUCGGCAGGGAGGGAGCCCAGGGCCCAAGUGCUGGAGAGCAGCAGGUGGGUGGCAAAGCUCCCUCCCUUCCCAUAGAGCAGGCUCAGGCCUGCCAGAGCCCUGCCGACUGCCCGGACAGAGUACCCAGCCCGAGGACCACGUGGGUCUGCUCCCCUGGCUGUCACACCAGGCUGGAGAGACCAGAGUCUGCCUGACCGGCCCCCAAGGAGGAGAGGCACCCCUCACCCCCCACAGGGUCCUAAUGCUGGUGAAGGUGGAGACCAUCCAGCCAGGGCCCUGGGCCCCCUCUAGGAUCCUUUCUAGUCCUUUCUGUCCCUGACCUUCACAGUGUCCUUUCUAAGGGCAAGCCACCAAGUGUCUGCUUUGCCAGGGCCCCCAAGCCAGAGAGGGUGGCUGAAGCCAAGUCCCCUUUGGAGCCCCGUCCCCGCCUGGCCAGCCCUUGUAAGAGGGAGGAGGGGCCUGGUGCCCAGCUCCCCGCUCAGAAGUGUGCGGUGACGACACCCCGCAGGCCCACGAAGACCUCCCUGCCGCGGGCUGCUACAUGCCCACCACCACCCUGAGCCGCGGCCUCCUCCAGCCAGAACCACCUCGCUGGCCCCAGCAUGGACCAGUGAAUGUGGUGGCAUUUAGACAGGUUUCAGGUUUAAAGAAGAGCAGCCCCGACACAUCUCUGGUUAAGUGGUUUACCCUUCGUAGUAAUCAGACGUAGCGAUUGGGAUCUCUUUUCUAUUACAUGGCAAUUUUCCUUUAAAUUUCCCCUAAAAAAAAAAAAAAAAAAAAAAACUGGAAAGGAAAGAACAGGCGAGGAAGGAGGGAAGGCAGCAGGCCGCGUGUCAUUUGCAUUUUGCGAAUGAGGCCUCUUGUAAGCUCAGCUCAGGCGCGGGGCCCAACGUAUGGAAUGCUUAAGAGAUUACUAAGAAUAAAAUCUAUUAAUUAGUCAUACUCAAUUCUGCAGACAUGAUGUGCAUCAAAAGCUCCCUUUCUUCCCUCCCCGCUUCCCCCUUGCCUCGGAAGCCUGUCUUCACUAAGUGGGCUCUGCUUCCUGGCCGGCCUCCACGGUCGCCCUUCCUGCCUCCCCACCAGGGACAGGAGGCUGGGGUUGAGGGCAGAAGCUCGGGGCUGCUCCUUCCUUGCUCUGGGCGAUGUUGGCAGGGAAGGUGACCCUCACUGGAACACGGCAGGGACUAGGAAGGGCCCAGCCCUCCUUGCCCAAGCCCACACUGCCCUGCAAGCCGCUCUCCCACCCUCCCCAGGCCCUGAGUCCCUCCACCUUCCCCAGGGGCCCAGGAAGGAGGGAGAUGGUGCAAUGGGGCAGGGUCUAGCUUCACUCAGGAAAACAGGGUGCUCCAAGGCCAAGUGGGGCCCCUCCCACCCACUGAUUCUGGAAGAUUCUAGUUGGCCCAAGGCAGGUAGGAGAAUCCCUGCAGGGUCGAGGGGUGAGUCUGAUCCUGCAGCAGGGGGUGAUGGGCAGCACUUCCAGAACCUUCCAGGACCGCAGGCCAGCUGGAGCCCCUCCCCCAGAGCCAGCACUGAGGAGGGGACAGAGCAGGAGCUGGACGCCCUCAGGACAGCAUCCCACCCUGGCCAACAGCAGCUCAAGCCCCAAAGCCAGCCCACUCCAGAAAUCUGCUUCCUGAGGAACGCGCCAGGAGGACGGGGCUUCUGAGCCUCUCGCUUAUGAAAAAUACAACAAGGAAAAUUGGAGGCGGCAGGCGGGGAGCUGAGGGGAGCAGGAAGCGGGCUCCGCGGGACGCAGUGGCCGCGCCCCAGGACCAGACCCCAGGGUCAGGGCCAGGGCGUGCCAGGGUCCGCAGGGCGUCCCAUGCACCGUUUCCCUGUUCAUCCUGAAAUCAGUGCAGGUGAAGGCAGCUGGCGCGGCUGGCGGGGCGCCAGGGCCAGCACUAACAAGCAGUCCUCGGGCUUCCAGAAUGCAGAACGAGGAGGCAUUUUUUUUCUUAAGGAGGGAUAAAAAGGCUCAAAAAUGCAAAUCAUUACCGUUUACAACCAAGCGAGUCUGCUAAAUUGAUUAGGAGAGAUUAAACUCCUUGGAGGUGAAGGGAAAGGGGGAUUUUUUGUGGUUUAUGGACCUGUCCCAAGGGGCAGUCCACACAGCAGGGAUUUUUCUGGGCCUGGCUGCAGGGGCAGGGGCUCUUCUGCUCCUUCCAGGCAACUUGGAGAGCUGGGGGUCUCUGAGGGCUGACACCGUGUCCUUCAGAAGCUGUCCCUGCCCCCAGCCUGAGACCCUGGCCCUGCCCUCCAGACUUGCCUGUCUUCAGACGAGCCCUGCCGUGGCGUAGCGGCUGGUGCGAUGGCUUCGUAGGACUGCUGUUCUGGGACCUGCUCCCUGGGCCCAGGGAAAGGGGGAGCCCAACCACUAGGGAAAACCGAAGGCAGGGAAGACAGACUCUGGCCCAACAAAGGAAUCAGGCAGUGAGCUUCCCAUCACUAGGAGCAUUCAAGCUCUAGAUGGGGACAGGCAGCCCAGCUGGGCUGACAACAAGACCCUGGUUCCAGCCUUGACCCAUCAGGAGAAGCACAGACACAGGCCACUGCUUCCCCAGCAGGAAGUGAGGACACGAGGGCUGACAGGGGCCACCUGCCGGCCCUCUGGCUCCAGAUGAGGCUGCCCCGGGGCCUGUUCUCUCAAGCCUGAGCCUCCCCACAGCCACCGCCGCACUGGCUGCACUCGGAGGUUGCUGGCUGAUCCAUCCAUCACGGCCAGUUGACGGCGCCUGGGGCACUGUUCACUCGGUGUUUUUAAGCAUUUACGAUUCUUUUGAAAUGUUCCAAGUAGUUGCCUGAAAUAUCUACAUUGGCUUCUUUUUUAAAAAAAACUGACAAAAAGAUCCCUUUCGCUCUCCACCCCCUUCCCGCCCGGCCCCCUUCUGGUCUGUGCUCCCCGCCAGCCUUGGCAUUUUUAAUGUAUGGCUCUUCUCUAGUUUGGGAAAUUCUGUUAUUCCUGGGGUCGGACCCACUUUUUCACCAUGAGGGAGGUUCACAGGUGUGCCCAAGACCCCCACCACCACGGGGGAGGAUCCCCACCUCUUCUCUUCUGCCCUGGAGACCUCAUGGCCAGGGCAGUUCUCGGCCCUGGGGCGGCUCCAGCUUCAGGAAGCUGAAGUGAAGUUUCAUCCCUGAAGUGCCCAGCUUCAGAGUGGGCGCUCUGAGGGCAGUGUGCAGAUGAAUGGGCUGGCCAGCCCCACUUCCUCCAAGGCCAGACCCCGAGGCACUGUAGCCACUGGAGCGGCCCCUGACCUCCCCCACCCCCACCCAGGGGGUCCUUGCAGGAAGGUCUUUGCUCCCCGGCCUCAAUCCCUACAGUUCCCACUGGGAUGGCCAAUGGGUGAGAGACCAGGUCCCCUUGCUCCCUGGCAGGGUCUGAGUGCAAGCCCCUUGCCCUCAGGAGCUCACAGAGGCCACGCAGUGCCCGGCACACGGGAGCGCCGGAAAUCCUUUCUUCCCAGCAACUGAACGCUCCUGCUCCUGCAGGCUCCUCUCACGUCCUCCGCACGGCGAGGCCUGAGUGUCGGCCACCAACAGGCUCCUCUUGUCCUACACCUGCUGCUCUGGUGGCCUGGCAUGGAGAGUGGCUCAUCCGGGCACUUCUCUUGGAAGCAGCUCGCCCCACUCCGCCGCGGAUCUUGCGCAUCUCCAGGCUGAGCCUGAGCCCGAGGAGGAGCCGUGGAUUCGUGAGGUCCAGCAAGGCUUCGGCCUCGUGGGUGACUCACGUUCUCUUCCCCAAGCCUUGCCCUGCCUGGAGGCAGUACAGCAGCAGAGGGCCCGCCACCCCCGCCAAGAACCCGCACCCUGCAGCCCGCCUGGAGGAACCCGUCAGACCCAGACAGGACAUGACCGACAAUCAAAGCCACGGUGGACCUGGGGUGCCCGGCUCAUCUCCCCAGAGCCAGGGGUUCUGGGUAGCUCCCACCUGCCCAGAGGGAAGACGUGCUGGCAUGUUCCAGACCACCCCUCACGACUAGUCCCUUUCUCCAAAGGUUCUGGGCCCCAAGGGGGAAGUCACACACACACACACACACACACACACACACACACACACACACAACCCUGAAAGUAGCCUUAGAUAUUCCCCCAGAACCCAGCACAGCCACCUGCCAGCAGCCUCAGCGGAGAAGCCCACAGGGCAUCCCGGGCAGGUUCAAGGGCACAGAUGGGGACCCUGCUGUCUUCCAGCUCCUAAAAGAGGCUAAGAACUGUGGGAAGGCCUGGGCACUGGAUCCUUGUCAUCUGAGAGAGAGAGAGAGAGAGAGAGAGAGAGAAGUAGGGAGAGAUGAUGUUGAAGGCCGGGAGGUAGCGGGCUGUGGUCACAGGCUGGCGGGAGACAGUGGUUUAUGUGAUUCUGCUUGUUGGAGCCACCGGGCAGGUGUGAGCAGGGAGGCCCAAGGACCCCAACCCCCAGGCACUGCAGAGUGUCUACCAGCCACUCUCAGCACCUCCUUGCCUGCUGGGUACGAGAAGCCUCCUGAGUGUGCCAGGGUAAGCCCUUCCCUGAGGUCUGAAGGGGAGAAAGGGCCCGGGAGGUCGCCCGACCCUGCUGAACACACAGGCCCCCUGCUACUAAGGUGGGCUGCUGGCACGGGGCACGGCUGGACAGACUGGUCCCUCCCGAGUCUGGGCCGAGGCCUCUUCUGUCGUCCCAGGGUCCCUGCACCAGCGGCCCCGGCCUCCCCGACCCCUGGCCUUCCUACCUGUAGGACCAGCCCCACGGCCCCCUGGCUGCACGCUCCUUCUCUUUUUUCUCUUUCUCUGAAGGGCAAAGCGCACUCGGGGGGUCUGAGCGAUGGCACCACCCCCGCUGCUGCCUGCUGCCGUCCGACCCGGCUGGCUGACCAGGCCUGGCUCCUCAAGGCCCAGCCGUGCCUGGCCUGGUGCCCGCCUGCCUCACUCCCAACCUCACCACCAGACAGGGGUUUCCAGAAAACCGCCACCCACCCACCACCGCGACAACACAACCAAAGUGCACUGCGAACAGCCCUUGGGCCUCCUUCCUGUAGGUGCCUUGAACUUCAAUGUUGAGAUGAAUGUGAUUUAACUACUUGGUCCUAUUUUCUGUUUGUCUGUUUUCAUAUAAGAUGCCCAGGUCCACCUCCUUGUCCUUUCUUGAAAUAAAUAGAAAGAUUUAACUUUUACAGUCA